CGCACAGCCCAAACAGCAGCAUAACGACAGAGAAAGAGGGAAAGAAAAAGAGAGAUAAAGAAAUAGGAGAGUACCACCAGCAUUGCUCAGUACAGGAACUAUCUGAUUCACCACAGUGUCUUUAGAAGAAAAACAAGAGGCAGAAUGACUCUUGCAGCGUACAGAGACAAGAUGCGGGAGCUCCCUUUAGUGUCCAUCUUCUGUUCCUGCAUCCUAUCUGAACCCAAAGAAAAGCCCACCAAGAAAGAAGGUGUGGUGGACCUGAACCUGUGCAUCAUCAGGGAUAUGGAGGUGAUUGAGUUGAACAAGAGAAGGUCCGGCCAGGCCUUCGAGGUCAUCCUGAAGCCACCCUCGUUCGACGGGGGUCCAAACACCCUCGCCACCACACCCCCACGCAGGGAGCCCUCCCUGGAGGAAAUCCAGAGGAAGCUGGACGCCGCGGAGGAGAGGAGAAAGUGCCAGGAGGCUGAGUUGCUGAAGCACUUGGCAGAAAAGCGGGAACAUGAGCGUGAGGUGGCCCAGAAGGCCCUGGAGGAACACAACAGCUUCAUCCGGCUGGCCAAGGAGCGGCUGGAGCUGCGCAUGGAGCACAACAAGGAGAAACGGGAGGCACACCUGGCCGCCAUGCUAGAACGCCUGCAGGAGAAGGACAAGCACGCUGUGGAGGUGAGGAAAAACAGAGAGCAUAAGGAGGAGAGCGGGUAGAGAGAGAGAGAGAUUGAGAGAAAGAAAGAGAGAGAGCGUGGGGCCUCUGUUUUGUUGAGUGAGAAAAGGAGAGAAGAGAAAAUACAACAAAAAGAGACGGUUUCUUAAAAUCUAAAUGGUAUUUGUUUGACAGACGAGAAUUCACAGUGAUGGAAUAGGAGGUGUGCAUAACAUAUUUUGGUGCUUAAAAGUCAACAAAAUCAAAAUUGGAAGUUGGUAAUUUUCAAAACAGGCAGAGGUGAUUUCCUCAGAGUAAUGGUGCAGAGAUAGAAAAUCAAGUUGUAGUUUUGAAGUGUAAGAGCGCUAUGCACAAUUUAUAACAAAUACACUGAGUAGAUAAUGCACAAUCUGUAGGCUUGGCAUUUAUAAUAGACCAUGAACCCAGGACUCCCUGGAAAACAGUGGAAAUUGUUACUGAGUGGACUAUCCUGGCUAAAUAAAAUGAAAAUACAAUAAAAGUAAUCAUUAUUUGCAAGAAAUGUAAACAUAUUCUGGUCAAUAAAAUCACUGACACAUAUACUUAAAUUUAAAGCAUUCUACACAAAUAAUGCUUGAUCACACUUUUCACCAGUAGUAGUGUUGAUAUUGUGUACAGAUGUAGGAUCUUAAUUUCAUCACUCUUGUUGCUGAGAAUUUACAUUCAAAGAAGGGUUUUUAUGGAGAGUAUUCUCUCUCUGCAGUAGUGAAAUAUAUAAUCAUGAUAUGGAAUAAAUAUAUGAAUGAACUCAGUAGCUAUUAAUUUGAAUACGGUGUUGCUGGCUUGCAUGAUACAGUACUAGGAGCAGAAAAGCAAGCUCUUGCCUCUGACAUUUGUCUUAGAUGUUGAUGAUUUAGUUAACUAAAACAGCAGCUAAAACAUGCUGAAAUGCAAACUUGUGAUGUAUUUGAGUUUUAAAAGGCUUCUAAAGUUUGGAAUUUCCACUUUGAAAUGUCAGACUUGAUUUGCCCCAAUGA